UUUUAUUUCACAGCUGGGUUUUUCUUCUUCUUUUUUGUCUUUUGUCUGCUUAAAGUUCUGGCAUAACUGGAUUGCUCUUUUCAUUUGCAGUGGCGGCACAAAAAGAGCAGAAGUCGGAGAAGAAAAAGACACCUGUGCUGUUCUUCCCUCCUAUCCAUGAUGCGGGACUCUGUCUUCAACUGCUGCGUUUCCCCACCCCAUCCUCCUAGAGCAGUGGAGGAGCACCAACAACACAGAAGCAGAGCUCAAGCUCCGCCCCCUAACGACAGGCGCUUCCUUAUAUUCUUUGACUUUGAUGAGACCCUGGUGGACGAGUGCAGCGACGACUCUAUGGUUACUGUGGUGCCUGGUGGAGUCCUGCCUGGCUGGUUGAAGGACACCUACCGUUCCGGCCACUACAAUGAGUACAUGCAGCGUGUGCUGGCCUACCUCGCCGAAAAGGGCGUCACACCGGCAGCUAUUCGAGGCACAGUGGAGAAACUCCCUCCCUGCCCAGGCAUCCCCACUUUGAUGCAUUUCCUACUCUCCCAGCCAUCAAGGGACUUUGAAGUCGUUUGUGUGUCAGACGCUAAUACCGUCGUCAUUGAGACGUGGCUGCAGCACCUUGGCUUCCGCCCACUCUUUCUGCGCAUUUUCACCAACCCAGCUCACUUUGAUGAUAAUGGGCAGCUGCAGCUUCGCCCUUUCCACUCCCAUGAGUGCCUGCGAUGCCCGGCGAACAUGUGCAAGGCAGUGGUGGUGAGGCAGUACGUGGCCCAGCGCGUGCGAGAGAGGAGUGGACGACCGUACCAGAAGGUUUUGUACGUGGGCGAUGGGGCCAAUGACUUUUGCCCGUCACUCACACUGUCGCCGGGUGAUAUAGCAUUCCCGCGCUGGGACUUUCCAAUGCACAAACUGAUCCAAGAGAUGGAGGAAGCCAAACCUGGAGAGUUCAAGGCCAGUGUGGUGCCCUGGAACAGUGGAGAGUCAUCAACACCCUGAGGAAGAUAUUAGACAGGCCCUAAAUAUAUACAUAUACCUAAAUGAGGCCCUAAAAAUGUAUAGAGCUUUCUUGAGUACAUUCCAAACUCUUUUGGUUUUGCCAUUUAUGUAUCAACUUGGUUCUGUUGGCUGAAACUGCCAGGCUGUUAAGGGUCUUUUAUUAAGAUGUGUUGUUGGUGUAGUUCAAAUGAACCCGCUAUAAACUUACAUUCAAAUACACAGACACAUCCAUACGACAAUUAAUACAUAUUGUGUGUAUGAUUGAGAAUCUUAGACUUUCUUAAAUCUGAUUGCAUUAACACUAACA